CAUUUGGACUCUAAUAAAAGUGAUGAUUAUAAAUCUAUAAGAGCCUAUGAUUUGGAUGAAUGUAUUGACUCUAAAAAUUGUGUUUGGAAUAAAACUAGUAAUAUAAAGUCUAGUAAAAAUAUUGGUCUUGAAUAUUAUAAUAAAAAUAGAAUUGAUGUGAAAAAAGAUAAGCCCAAAGU